AUGGGUUCGGCAAAAGGCAAAGAAAAGGCUUUAGAUGAUGGUACAAAGGCUCAAACAGGCAAGAAAAGGCAGAAAGGCGAAGGAUCGUCAUCUACUCGUGCAUCAAAGAAGAAAAAAACCGGCAAAUCAUCGGGAUUGAAAAAUGUGGAAGAUCAGUCCAUGUCAAAUGAAUCAAAGAGAAAGAGGGGCAAAAAAAAGGUUUUUGCAAAUCCAGAGAAUGUCAAAUGUAGAAGACGCGUUCUGCAGAGCAAGAAUGGUGUUCAGCCGAAGGAGAAAGCAGACCACCCGCAGCUGAAGACUCGUACAACAACUAGAGCCUUCUUCAAAAAAUUGGCUGAAUUGAACGAUGCACAGAAGGCUGCCGUCCGGGAUAUUGGUUUCGGACAGAUAUUGGGGUUUAAUGUGAAUAGGGUGCCAUCCAAAAUGGCAUAUUGGGUGCUGGACAGAUUCAACAAUAGGAAUUGCACACUUGAGAUUGACAAUUUGACCAAGGUUCAAAUUGAGAAAGAUGAUGUCUACAGGGUGUACGGAUUUCCCAAGGGAAAAAAGAUCAUUAAGGAAUUUGAGCGCACGGCAGUAAAUGAGCUCUUUAUAGAGUGGAUGUCAUUCUUCGGCGUUGUGAACAGAGAUAAAAUCAAAAUAAAGGCAGUGUUACUUCAUAUGAUUGACUGUGCAGAUGGCGGGACAUGGUUUAAGCGUCAUUUCGUCAUCGCUUUGUGUUUCUCGUUGAUGGAGAGUUGCACUAAUGGGACAGUACACCCGUACGUAUUUACAGCUCUGGCGAACAUGAAUGAAGUCAAGUCAUGGAAUUGGGGAGAGUAUCUAUUGCGUUUUUUGAUAGAUCACAAGAGAUCAUGGAUGGCGGACAAGACAAAAGUAUUUGGUGGGCCGACAUUGUUCUUAGUUCUUUUCUACGUGGAUAGGGUUCGGAUCGGUAGGGAAACUGUGCCUAGAAGUUUCCCUAUUUUCGUGAACUGGGAUGGAAAAACUUUGAAGGAACGUCAGGAAAAAGAGCUCGACGAUGAUUUCUUUGGAGGUGGUUCUGUUGCACCACCAAUAGAACUGCCAGAUGAAUACAAAGAAGAAGAACCAUUUGUCUCCAAAUUCAAGCACACAUGUGCUAUUAUUGUUGUUGUUGCUAUCGUUGGCGUGGUUACUGCUCUUGGUAUGGUUGGGCAAAGCUUGGAUUGCUCAAAUGCAGAGUCUGAACAGGCGAGUUUAGCCUGA